CACUAAUUAUUGAGCAGGCAGAGGAAAUGUUUGAUGCUGCUUCAAGAUACCUGUUGUUUCCCCUUAAGCGUGCUGUGGCUGAUGCAUUGUUGCCACACCUGGAAAUGGUAUCACCUACAGAAUUGUGCCACUGGCUGAUAUUAUCAGACAUGUAUGGAGUUCUGAAGAUAAGGGAGUACUGCCUAGACAUAAUUGCUUGUAAUUUUGAGACAUUUGCUGACACUCGUGAGUUCCGGGCGAUGCUUUUGACACUCCCACCACCUUCUGGAGAUUCCUCUCUUCGAACUACACUUCCAAGUGCCCCAGGAGCUGGUGUGAAUGUCGACCAAGGUAAUCUUCUUGAUGACUUGCGAGAGAAAUGGCUUGAGGUGGAAGCUGCUGAGCUUGACAAGAGAGACGAGAGUGCAGCUCUGUUUGACAGGAGGCUGGAGAUGCUCCUGGUUAUGGCAGAACAGGAGAAUCAUGAUMMWCUMGMUGMWGAKKCUUGA